AUGGAGCAGGGCACAGAUGUAUUAACAUCACUGACUUCUGUGCUACAUGAUGACAAAGAAUUCCCCAACCCAGAGGUAUUUGACCCUGACCAAUUCCUGGAUGAGAGCGGCAACUUUAAGAAGAGUGAAUACUCCAUGGCUUUCUCAUCAGAGAAACGGAUUUGUGUGGAAGAGGGUCUGGCCUGCAUGGAACUGUUUUUAUUCCUGAUCACAAUUUUACAAAAAUUUGCCUUGAAAUCUGUGGUUGACCCAAAGGACAUUGACACAACCCCAGCUGCCAGUGGGUUAGUUUCUGUGCCGCCUUCUUACGAGCUCUGCUUCAUUCUUGUGUGA